GUUUUAUCCUUGGAUGGCCCAAGGAUAAAACUCUUUCCCUUCUCCUUGAUGAUACGAGUUCAAAUUGUCAUGCUACGAUGAGAUAUGUCUGAAUUCGAUGGCACCCAUCUUCCCCUUUCAUUAUUUUAGUUGACCUAGAAUAAUCAAAUAGGCAUUGCCACACCAUAUAUGAACUCACUCAUUAUUGAGGUGUAUGAUUUUUGCUCCUUUUCCCAUUAUGUUUUUCCUAUAAAUAGAGAGAGCGCGGAUGAUUUUCUCUGGCCAUUACACAUGUGGAGCAAAGUUUCUUCCUUCUUUCUGCCCUUAAUAGACUUUGAUUUACGCUUUCCCUUACACAUAUACCUCCCCUGUAAUACAGGCAAUUUUAGUGCGUUUUGCUUGUCUCUCAUUUAGUCUCAAUCUCUCAUACUCAGAGUCUCCCUGGCCAAUCUUCUCUUACACUCGCUACUCACACCCCAGGCUUGAUUGCAGUAUAUUAAAUACAAGGGCAGGCAGACUAGCAAGAUAGGCACAGAAGUACAAUCCUGCAACAGAAGAAAGAAGAUAGAAGAUAGAAGAGAAGGAAUCAUUUUACAUAUCUUUGAUCCUUUUCCAGCGAAGUUUUUGAAACGAAGUUGAAAAGAGAAGAUGGGUUUCUGGACACUUUUUGAGGUGGCAUCUUUGCCAAUCAUACAAGUCCUACUUAUCAGCUUCAUGGGAGCUUUGAUGGCAACUGAGUAUUUGAAUCUUCUCCCUAAGGAUGCUAGAAAAUCCUUAAAUAAGCUCGUGUUCAUGGUGUUUACACCCUCUCUCAUGUUUGCUAGCCUGGCUAAAACUGUUACUCUCGAAGACAUUAUCUCAUGGUGGUUUAUGCCUGUUAACAUUGGAUUCACAUUCUUAAUUGGAGGCAUUCUUGGAUGGAUACUUGUUAAAAUACUGAGACCAAAGCCUUACCUAGAGGGCCUUGUUAUUGCUACAUGUUCAUCAGGAAACUUGGGAAAUCUUCUGCUCAUAAUUGUCCCUGCAAUCUGUACUGAGGACGGAAGUCCAUUUGGUGACAGUAGCAUCUGCACCUCCGUUGGACUCUCAUACGCUUCUUUCUCUAUGGCGCUAGGAGGUUUCUUCAUCUGGACUUAUACAUUCCAUCUAAUACGAACGUCGGCUGCAAAAUUAAAAGCACUUCAAGCAGUAGUAGAGGUCUCAAAAGCACCCAACAAUGAUUUAGACGCUAGCCAGGAAACUCACCUGCUAAUAGGACAAGAUCAAGAAAAUGUUGCAAUAGUUGUUGCGUCAUCCAAGUCUGCUGAAGAUACAGAAAGCCAUGCUAUUGUUUCCCAGGAAUCAGAACAUGGAAAAGGGAAUGUAUCAUCCUGGACUAAAUUAAUAGGAUUUCUUCAUCAGAUUUUAGAGGAGCUCUUGGCACCCCCAACUCUAGCUGCAAUUUUGGGAUUCAUCUUUGGAGCAACUACAUUUUUGAGAAACCUGAUAAUUGGUUCAGAAGCCCCUCUAAGAGUGAUCCAAGACUCCAUCAAAUUACUUGGAGAUGGAACCAUUCCUUGUAUAACUCUCAUAUUGGGAGGCAACCUAACCGAAGGCUUGCGCGCAUCCAAAAUCAAAUCAUGGAUCGUUGUUGGGGUGAUUUGUGUCCGAUACAUUAUACUUCCUGCAAUUGGUAUGUGGGUUGUUAAAGCAGCUGGUCAUCUUGGUUUUCUCCCAUCAGACCCUCUCUUUCACUAUGUUCUGAUGAUUCAGUAUACCCUUCCACCUGCCAUGAAUAUUGGUACCAUGACACAGUUGUUUAAUGUGGGACAAGAAGAGUGCUCAGUCCUCUUCUUGUGGACAUACUUAGUUGCAGCCUUGGCACUCACUGCCUGGUCUACAAUUUUCAUGUGGAUGUUGUCCUGAGUAAACCUUCAAAGUAGGAUGCAACCACUACAAGUCAAAUAGUGUGAGAUUCAUCAUAGAUUAAAAUGGCCAUAUAUAGCUAUACACCACCGAGCAAGUGGGAUAUUUUUGUACCUGUUCAAAACAAAUAUUUCUUGAUUAUUGGAUUGCUUUAUCGAAGCUUUUGCUA